AUGUUUGAGCCAGUCAUACUAUCGCUGGAAUAUAAUCCAAAGCUAGAGCCUGCAUUCUCCUCCCCACAGUCAUGUUAUUUGUGGCCAAAGGAAAGUGAACGGAAAGAAUGGAGCCUAUUUCAGGGGAUGCCAGCGGUGUGUCGACUACAGAACGGUCGUCGCUUUCUCUGGCGAAUAUACACCCACUUGGAUCGGAAUUCUUCCCACAGAGAAGCGUACUUUGGCCAUCAAGCAGUUGAGCUUACGGGCUUUAGAUCGCCCGGAGCUGGAAACAACAACGAAGACUACACGCUAAUCGAAGCCACGGAGAUCCAGCAUCCGCUAGCAGAUUUCGAUGAAAUCACUCUCGACGUGCGACUCGAUUGUUCUAGACUCAAUGUAGAGUUGCUUCUGACGACCGACUGCCUGUGUGAGAUGUUGCGCGCCUUUCUAACUAAUGCAUUCUUCUGCCGAGCUUCCCGAAUUGAUUUUAGCUACCUUCGAGACAGAAAUAUGGGCAUCAGCACCGCUUAUGUGCGAGAUACGCAAGGACCUUCCGAGUACGGAGAAAUUGGCAAGAACACGUCCAUCAAAAUCGGUCAGUUAUUCUUCCAUCCAGAAUCAUCAUCACCAAAGCUGCUAUUAGCAGGCUUGGAGAACGCUCGUCUACAGCUAGAAGAAGCUCUUGCGGAACGAUGUUCCGUCCUUAUUACCGGUCCGAGUGGCACCGGAAAGAACAGUCUCGUGAAAUCGAUUGUACAAGAGAAGAACCUUCCCCUGUUCGAAGUGCGAGGGUUGCAUUUUAUCCGCUCGCUACCCGGAGAAACGGAGGCUGAGCUGCGUAAAACAUUCCUCCGGGUUCAGCUAUUUGAUGAGCUAAUCGAAGGAACGAAACCGUGCAUUCUGUUGGUGAAGGACAUCGACACGGUGUGUCCGAAGAUCGCCGGAAACAUGAAGAACGAAGAGUUUGCGAACAUAGCCCGAAUCGGUUCCCAGCUUGUAUCGCUGGUCGAUCAGUACACGGAGCGGUGCAAAAAUCUCAUCGUUAUCGGUCUCACAUCGAACAUCGAAGGUCUAGACAACCGGCUUCGGAGGCCCGGCCGAUUAAACAACGAAAUUGCGCUUGGAGUGCCGUCGAAAGAGCAGCGAAUUGAAAUUUUACGAUGCUUCAACGCGCGCACUGUCAACGUGUUACGUGACGCUCAUUUGGAGGAGAUUGGCAAACGAACAGCGGGCUAUGUAGGAGCGGAACUCGAGCUGCUUUUCUACAACAUCGUAAGGGAGAUGGACCGAGGCUGUGUCUCGUUCGAGCAGGCUCUUGUUGAGGUACAGAGAAAGCAUCGCCCUAGCAGCCUUCGAAACGCAACCGGACUAGUCGGAGAGGAGAAGUUACUGACGCUUGAUUCCUUCGGUGGCAUGCCAGAGCUCAAGGUUCUACUGCGACUGUGCGUGAUGGAGCAGCUGGCGAAUCCUGAUCGAUUCCAGCGCCUCGGAGUUCACCCCUUAAAGGGCAUUCUACUGUACGGACCGCCGGGAUGUGCAAAGACGACCCUCGCCAAGUGUUUAGCAGCGGAAUCGGGCAUGACAUUCCUGUCGCUCUCGGCAGCCCAAGUCUACUCUCCGUACGUCGGAGAUGCGGAGAAGCUCAUCACCCGUGUCUUUAACGAAGCACGCACAAACGCCCCGGCGGUGGUUUUUCUGGACGAAAUCGAUUCACUCGUGGGCAAUAGAGGAACAGCUGGCAUGGGCGGAGGCUCUGGAGCCGUUAACAUGGGCGUGCUGUCCACUUUGCUGAUGGAAAUGGACGGCAUCGGGCAGGCGGAACAAACAGCUAGCGCGUUGAGUGAAGAUGCCAAGCGAGUCAUCGUCAUAGCAGCUACAAACCGACCGGAUAUGAUUGAUGACGCUUUGUUGCGACCGGGAAGGCUAACUAAACUGAUCCACAUACCAGCCCCGGAUCAGGCCACACGUCUAGCUAUUCUGGAGAAGCUGGGCGAAAGCAUUCCGUUUGCAGAUGACGUGGACCUGACAAGUAUUGCAGAGCGGACGGAGCGGUUCUCUGGCGCAGAUCUACAGAAUCUUUGCACACAGGCCGCGCUAGAAGCAGCAGUGGAGGAUAUUGCAGCAAAAGUUGUCACAAAGUCACACUUUCAUCGUGCGUUUAAGGACGUUCGUCCUUCGUUGACUGAGCAGCAGAUCGAAUGGUAUCACAAUUACGAAGCGAACCGGCAAAGAUAA